UCGAAUCUAUUUUUUUAUGUGACCUAUGACAGUUCGAGAAUGUAUCAAAGUACCUUGCAAUUUUUCCAUCACCAAGAGCGUAUGCUGAAAAGUUUAAAUCAUACCUCGCCGUUCGCCAUGGAAAACCUUCUGGCGAAAAUGCAACCGAAUGGCAAAAUGUCACCCGAAAAUCUAGUAAUCAACAUUAACGGCAAGGAGGAAAACGCCGAGGACAAUUUAAGAAUACAGGACAAUUCUAAAAGUUCCCUAAGUCCUUGCGAUGCGAAUCGCGGUGACGUCGAAAGUGAUCGCCUUUCGCCUAUCGAAAAAACUGACAAUUAUUUCAAUUUCAAUAACUGUUUAAAGAGUCGGAUAUGUUCGCAUUGUGGACGUUUAGAUUGCAACUUUUUACAGUGUAGAAUGCACAGUGACGGCAUUAUUAAGGAUAAUAAACCUGUACUUAAAUUUAGUGUCAGUGCCAUUUUGGGUAAUGACGAACCCGAAAAGAACAGAAAUGAUAAUUUAAUACACGUAGCGCCCCCGAAUCUCGUCGGAUUAGGAACUUAUCUCAACAAUCAUGGAUCGGGAAUUGCAAAGCCGGUCGCGAGUAGACCACAUUUCAAUCCACAUUUGUUAUUGGCACACUGUCGACCGCAGCCUUAUUUAACAGUAGCCGCUCCGGUUUCCGGUGCGCAAACGACGGUGUUCCCGUUGCCGGGGACGUUUCCAUGGGCUCACAGUGGACGAGGUAAACCGAGGCGAGGGAUGAUGAGAAGAGCCGUGUUCAGCGAUCUACAACGGAAGGGAUUAGAGAGGAGGUUUCAAAUUCAGAAGUAUAUAAGCAAACCAGAUCGAAAGAAGCUUGCCGAGAAGCUGGGGUUGAAAGAUAGUCAGGUAAAAAUCUGGUUCCAAAAUCGCCGAAUGAAGUGGAGAAACUCUAAAGAGCGCGAGCUGCUCGCCGCCGGCGGUUCACGCGAACAAACUCUCCCGAACAAGAACAACCCGCACCCCGACCUCAGCGACGCAACCGACGACAAGCCAAAGCUCGACCUAAGCGACGUACCCGAUUUAUCGCCAGUGAAUUCGCCGCUCGAACGGCAGACCGGCGAUGACAAAAUUACAUCGGCCGUUAACAUAAGGCAUUGUAUCAAUACACAAAGUUAUCUAUACGACAAUAUGGACUAUGAAAGUUCGACGAAUGAUAGCGAAGAGGAGAUUAACGUUACCUGAUUUGAUUUCGAGUAACGACAGAGAUUCAUUGUUUUGUUGAUUGCAAUUUUUUGACAUUUUUUUUUAAAUAAAUGCACAAAACUAAUGAGUGUCUAUAUUAAUUUAUGUUCAGUUUAACUUGAUGUAAAUAUGUGUAUGAUGUACA